AUGUCAAACGACAAGAAACAAUCAGGUUUAGCGCGUGUGUUGGGUUCAGCAUCUGCUGGUAUCUUGGAAAUCAGUGUGUUUCACCCUGUGGACACGAUCUCGAAGAGAUUGAUGUCCAACCACACUAAGAUCACAUCUGCAUCUCACCUGAACUCGGUCAUAUUCCGUGAGCACGCUGCUGAAGCGUUCAGUAAGCGUAUAUUUACGUUAUUCCCCGGUCUAGGAUAUGCUGCGGUGUACAAGAUUUUACAAAGAGUGUACAAAUACGGUGGUCAACCAUUUGCCAACGAGUUUUUGAACAAAAAUUUCAAAGCCGACUUUGACUCUGCAUUUGGUGAUAAGACGGGUAAAGCUUUGAGAUCUGCCACCGCUGGUUCCUUAAUUGGUAUUGGUGAAGUGGUUCUUUUGCCAUUAGAUGUUUUAAAGAUCAAGAGACAAACCAACCCUGAGGCCUUUAGAGGUAGAGGUUUCAUCAAGAUCUUAAAGGAUGAGGGUUUUGGGCUUUACCGAGGCUGGGGUUGGACUGCUGCAAGAAAUGCUCCAGGUUCUUUUGCGCUAUUUGGUGGUAAUGCUUUUGCCAAGGAAUAUAUCCUUGGAUUGAAAGAUUACUCCGAAGCCACUUGGUCUCAAAACUUUGUGUCAUCUAUUGUCGGUGCCAGUGCAUCUUUGAUUGUUUCAGCACCUUUGGAUGUCAUCAAGACCAGAAUCCAAAACAGAAACUUCGACAAUCCAGAGUCAGGUUUCAAGAUCGUUCAAAACACGUUGAAAAAUGAAGGUAUUACUGCAUUUUUCAAAGGGUUGACCCCUAAGCUAUUGACCACCGGUCCAAAGUUGGUAUUUUCAUUCGCGCUAGCUCAAACAUUCAUCCCAAUGUUUGACAAAUUGGUAAACAAACAAUAG